AUGGCGUGGAUACCAUACACUAGCUCCAUGGGGAACUACUCUCUGUUCGGCGAAGCUUGUCAGGCCACUCAAGAUCUGAACUACGAUCACCAAUUUUUCGGGUAUCCACCGGCUCUUUCCCUCGAGAAUACACUCCCGUUCUUUAAGGGGAAUAUCUUGGGUGACCCGUUUGUCCGAAGCCCUCAGCAUGAACGACGUGCUCCUACUGGUCUAGGGGGACUUAAACUUCGUCGCCUCCCUUCCAGCACAGCUAGUCAUCCAUCGAUCAAGUCCAACGAACCCAUUCUCUCGGUGGAAGAUACCACCACCGAGCCAAGUGCCAUUUGGCUUCACUCGCUGUCAUCCACGCCCUCUACAGAUAACAAAGGACAAUACUUCCAGACGGCAUGA